UGUCCCUGGGACACAGCGGAUCACCGAUCCGCUGAAAAAGCCUAUGACUUCGGCUCUGUCAUGUGAUCAGCGCUGUCACGGCAUUCCUCAGAGGGGACAUGUACACUGAUCAUCAGGGCACUGAUGAUCAGUGUAGCCCCAUCAGUGCCACCUGUCAUUGCCCAUCAAUGCCACCUGUCAGUGCCCAUCAGUGCAUAUCAAUACCACAUAUCAAUGCCUACCAGUGCACAUCAAUGCCACAUAUCAGUGCCCAUCUGAGCUGCCUUUCAGUGCCAACUAUCAGUGCCAGUCAGUGCCGCCUAUGAGUGCUGCCAAUCAGUGCAACCUAUCAAUAC